AAAUAAAUAUGGCUGUCAGUGACAAAAAUAUUUCAUCCGGCCUGAUUGCUGCCGGUGUAGCAGCUGCAUUUCACCCUAUUGUGUAUGCAAAGAUACUUAUUCAGGUUGGACAUGAACCUCUACGCCCAACUCUCACCAAAACGCUGCUAGGAAAGGAAGUGCUUAUGUACCCCAAUGCCUUCAAAUAUGUGAACGAGAUUCGUCGCCAAGAUGGCUUCUUUGGUUUGUACCGUGGUCUCACAGCCAAGAUUGCUGGUUCCGUAGUCGGGAACUUUGUAUCUGUCACUAUACAACAGAAAUUUUUUGCCAAAGUGGAAGCUGAUGAUAUAGCUGAGGAAAUAGAAGAGGAUGAAGACCCUCUUAAGACUGUUAAGAAAUUCUGCGUUGAGACUUCCCAGGAAAUGGUGUGUAGGUGUGCAGGAGUGAUAGCCAGCCAGCCCUUCCAUGUUAUUAUGGUGAGGACAAUGUCACAGUUUGUUGGCAGAGAGAAUACAUACAGCAAUAUAUUUUCAUCCUUCCGAGAGGUGUAUGACAGUGAUGGCAUUUUAGGAUUUUUCAAAGGGUUGGUGCCUAGGUUACUUGGUGAGAUAAUUAGCAUAUGGCUAGCAAAUGUUCUCACACAUCUCAUCAAUACCUAUGCCUUUAAGGACAACAAAGAGAUUCAGUCAUACACACAAGCUGCCUGUGGGCUCGGUGUCACCCAUCUUACCUAUCCCUUCACCUUGGUAUCAACUGUAAUGGCAGUCACCAACUCAGGAUUAGCAGCUGGCAGUCCUCCAACCAUGGCCCAUUUCUCAAGCUGGACAGAUUGCUGGAGUUUCCUUUCUACCCAGGGUGAGUUAAAAAGGGGAUCAAGCAUGUUCUGGCGUUACACUCCAGUUCCUAAGCUUUCUUAGGGGAUCCGCUGAAAACCUCUGACCACACACCUACACUGUACCAUUGGAAUACAGCUAUUUAUAACUUGUUAAAUGAUGAGCAAACUUUGUUUUUUGAUGCGAACAUAUUCAUCCCAUUGAUUGACAGUUGACAGUAAUUAACACCAUCAAAAUAUUUUGAAGAGAAAUGACAGGUCAAAAAGGGAGAAAUCUCUAAAUACACUAAAGAGGCAGUUAAUAUUUAUGGCCUCU